GGUUUUUGAGGUCCGAUGGCGGUUUCAGCAUUCAGAAAUGGUUGCUUACCCAUAUUCCAUAUUCCUCCCCAGUUGCCCAGAAGUGCCAGGAAGGUUGAUGGCCGUUCCAAGGGGUUCCGGUUACCCCUUUUCGCCCGAUACUCUCAAACGCAGGAUGUUUUCUCUUCUCGCCUCCGAAUUAGUGUUGAAAACCUACCCAAACUAGUGGAGGACAUUGUCCAGACAUCCAUAAACACAGGUCCCAAGGGAGCCCUAAGGUUAGUUCAAGGUAUACAAGCGUUUGUUGGAGUUAGUGGGGAAUGGUUAGCUGACGUAUCAAAGUCAACAAAUACAUCUGCUGGAUUACCACCUCAGUUGCAACUUGGGUUACUUUCACCGCUUUACUUGAGGAGACUGUUUGAACGUCUGGGGGCAACCUAUAUCAAAUUAGGUCAGUUCAUUGCGUCUGCACCUACAUUAUUCCCCCCAGAAUAUGUUGAAGAAUUUCAGAACUGCUUUGAUAAAGCUCCUGCAGUUCCAUUUCAAGACAUUCAAACAAUCAUACGUGAGGAAUUGGGGAGACCAAUCAAUAGUGUUUAUGAAUAUAUCGAUCCAACACCAAUUGCCUCAGCCUCUAUAGCCCAGGUUCAUGGUGCCAGGCUCAAAGGCUCCCAAGAGGAUGUAGUUGUAAAGGUCUUGAAACCUGGAAUCGAGGAUAUUCUGGUGGCAGAUCUGAACUUUGUAUACAUUGUUGCUCGGAUAUUGGAGUUCUUAAAUCCCGAACUCAGCCGUACUUCACUGGUUGGCAUUGUCAAGGACAUAAGGGAGUCUAUGCUUGAUGAAGUUGACUUCUAUAAGGAGGCUGCAAACAUUGAAUCCUUCAAGAGGUAUCUUGAAGACAUGGGAUUAACAAGGCAAGCAACAGCUCCUAGGGUGUAUCAACAUUGCAGCACAAAACGGAUUCUGACCAUGGAGAGGCUAUAUGGAGUUCCACUUACUGAUUUAGACUCUAUAAGUUCCCUUGUCUCUAGUCCAGAGAACAGUCUUAUUACUGCACUUAAUGUUUGGUUUGGUAGUUUGCUUGCCUGUGAAAUCUUCCAUGCUGAUGUCCAUGCAGGCAAUUUGUGGUUGCUGCGUGAUGGUCGAAUUGGUUUUCUUGAUUUUGGAAUUGUUGGACGCAUAUCUCCAAGAACAUGGGCUGCCAUGGAAGUAUUUUUGACAUCUAUUGCAACUGAAGAAUAUGAGUCAAUGGCCUCUGCCUUGAUUGAAAUGGGAGCUACAAACAAAGAUAUUGAUGUUAAGGCAUUUGCAAGGGACUUGGAAAAAAUAUUUUCAUCUAUACAGGAACUGGAUACAGAAAUAGUUGUUGCUACUUCCAGAGGGACAAACACAAAUGCAACUGCCAUCUCUGCCAAUCUGGUUGUUGAUGAGAGGCAGAUGAAUGCACUUUUCCUUGAUGUGGUUCGAGCAAGUGAAUCAUAUGGACUGAGAUUUCCCAGAGAAUUUGCACUUCUAAUGAAACAGCUUCUAUAUUUUGACCGGUAUACACGGCUAUUGGCCCCCAACUUGAACAUGCUGCAGGACCAGAGGAUCUCCAUUGUGUCCAACCGGCGAAGCAAGAGCUACGGUGCAAAUAAGUAUUAGUGACACCCAUCAAAAUAAUAAUAAGUAUUAGGGACAGACAUAUACUAUAUCUAGCUAGUGAGAGAAUUCCUGCUGGUCAAAAAUAAAAAUAGAGAGCAAGUGGGAGAAGUCCAAAUGAGAUGUUUUUAACUUUUUCCAUGAGUAAUGUUUAAAGUGCAUAAAGGCACUUUUAUUACAAUAGAAAUUAUUUUUUUCU